GUCUUAAAAUCGCGAAAAUCCAAAGGCCAGUGAGCCGCAGCUGUAACGCGAAGUAGACAUUCUACUCGCUCUUCUAUCUUGUGUUUCGUUUCCGAUCCCAUCUCCCACUCCUUAAAAUCUCUCUCUUUCUCUCUCCCUCCUCUGAGUUUCAGCUGCAGUAUAGCUCACCGCCAAUGGCCGCAUUGUUUAUCCUACUCUCUCUCCUCUUCUUCUCUGCCUCUGCUAAUGUUCAUAAUGUAGUAAAAGUAACCGAUAACCCAGCGGAUCAACUGGUGGCUGUGCUCAAUAGCAAUAGGACUGCGCACAAGGGAUCAUCACUGUAUGACAAUCCAGGCUUAGCCUGCAUUGCUUUGCAGUACGUAAAGGCAUACCAAGGGGAUUGUGAUGCUGUAGGUGGAGCUGAUGCCAAGAAACCUGCUGAAUCUGAAUUUGCUGAAACUUUUGCUCCUGCUUGUGGUGUCACAGUCUCAACUCUCACUCCAAUCACAGGUCGCUUACUUGCCUGCCAGUCCAAAUAUGUCGAUCCAGCUGAAGUAUUCUCAGAAGUUCUGAUGAAAAACAGCAAGAGCUUGGAUAUUCUAUAUGACAAGAAUCACACGGAAGUGGGAGCUGCAGUUACUGGCACAGAUGGUGGGUCUCCCUAUUUUUGGUGUGUGUUGUUCAGCAAUGGUAAACGUAACAGUAGCUUUGCUUUAGAGGGAGGUGUGGCUAAGGUAACAAGGCCUGGGUGCUUUAGUGGUGCCAAUGAUGCAUGUAGUGGUGCUAGUGAUUGGCCAACCCGGCCUCUUGGUCUAUGGCCCUAUGCCACUUCUGCAUUGUUUCUUGUGAUGUAUGCCUUUGGUCUAUAGAUCUCUUGUGAGUUUAAACUAUUUUCCACUUGAUAUUUAAGUUCUUUGUUCUUUGUAUUAGUUGGAUUGGCCCCUUGUAAUUUUGUUGUUAUUGAUUUUCUGUUUAUUGUUUCUAUCAUGGUGAGCUUAAGUGCAAAACAAGACAACAUUAUGCCAUUCAUUUUCUUUAGUUAAAUAAUCCCUUAUUUGUUACAUUCU